AUGGGUCUCAAGCCAACCCUCACGCCCGAGCAACAAGCUGUCGCGGCCGAACGACGGGCCGCGAGGGAGGCGAAGCGCCUCGCGUUGGCUGCUGGAGUCGAACAGCCGGUCGAGGAGGUGGAAGAUCCCAGGGCUAGGGUGUUAAAGCGGGAGUGGAUACCUGCUCGGGCUGCGCCUGGAGCUGCGGGCACUGGCAAGAAGCAGGGUGUCAAGAUCAUUACUUGGAAUAUCUUGGCUCAGACAUUGAUACGAAGGGACCUCUUUCCCGGUUCGGACAGUUUGAGAUGGGGUGACCGAAGAGCCAUGCUCGAGUCUGAGCUUGGACACUACGGUCGUAUGGCCGACAUCUUGUGCAUGCAGGAAUGCGACCGCCUCCCGGACCUGAUCAACUCGAUGCCAUACGACGCAUGCGUCCAAGCCAAAGGCAGAGGAAAGCAACACGGCCUCGUCAUUGCGUACAAAUCUGAGCGGUUUGGCUUCCGCGGCACGCGCGUGAUCCACCUGGACGAGGAGGAGAUAUCGCCCUUGCCGGAGGGGGAGGUAGACGAGGUGGAUGAAGAUGAUGGGCGGGAUGCAAAGAAGUGGCAGCGGGGCGAAGAUGAGCGGAGGCGGAGGAGAGGGGGGACGAGGCAGACGAAGAAUGUGGGGCUGAUGGUGGGGCUGGAAGAUAAGGAGAGGGCGGGGAAGGGGGAGGGAGUGAUUGUUAUCACUGCGCAUCUGUUCUGGCAUCCCAAAUACUUGUACGAGCGCGUCAGGCAGUUCAUCAUCCUCCUCCGCGCUCUCCAGGCUUUCAGAAAGGAGCAUGGCCUCGAGUCUUGGCCAGCUAUCAUGGCGGGAGAUUUCAACUCGUCACCGUGUGAAGCCCCGUACCAGCUGCUCGUCGACCCUUCAAAAUCCCUCCAACCAGAUGUCCGCGAGCGGUUGGAAGAAUCCCGCGUAGUCCACAACAGCGUCGACCGGAUCGCUCCGGCCUCUUAUGCCCCUAUCGAGAAACCCACCUCGACGUCGACCUCUGCCAACGGGACUGGCGCAAACACACCUACUGCGCUGGCCGCGCCGGUCGAUGCCAUGACAGAGAAAGACGACGAGGGAGAAGCAGAGGUCGAUCCAACGACGAAGACUCGACCGCUUCAGACGCGGGACGGGAUCUUACCGGUCGAUGCGCUGCAGAAAAUCAUGCAGGAGCUGGUGGGCGAGGGGCUGAAAAGCGCGUACGAUGUGGCGCAGUGGGCGGGCAAGGCCGAUGAUACUUUCGCAUCAAGAGACGGGUGGCCAGAGGGGACCAAGGCGGAUAAGGGCGGCGACGAGCCGGGGUAUACUUGCUUCACUGGAUUGUUCAAGCUCACUCUUGGUGGGUCCCAUGGUCUCAGCCUGGGAGUGCCCAUACUGAUGAGAAUAGACUACCUCUUUAUCAUUCCCCCGAAGACUGGCGACGCGGACGUCGAGGUCAAACAGGUGUUACGACCGGCAAAGAAGACGGAGCUGGGGGAGGGGCUACCUAUGAAGGGCAUUGGUGCGAGCGAUCACCUGGCAGUAGGAUGUGAGGUAACUUGGUGA